GUGUUGAGGGUCAUUUCAUGUGACAACCACAACCCAGGAAUUAGGAAGGUCGGCUAUCAUUCCCUUAAAAUGGCAGCGCAUUUGAAAAAGCGAGUUUAUGAGGAGUUUUCCAAAGUAGUACAGAUUCCCCAUGAAGAAAUUCCAGCCAAAAAGCUGCGCCUUUCCAAGCCCAGUAAGUCUGCAGCUCUUCACAUUGACCUCUGUAAGGCCACCAACUCCACAGAUGCCCUGCAGUACCUGCUGCAGUUUGCACGCAAGCCAGUGGAGGCGGAGAGCGUGGAGGGUGUGGUCAGGAUACUGCUGGAGCACUAUUACAAGGAGACGGAUAACUCGGUGAGGCUGAAGAUCGCCUCUCUGCUCGGUCUGCUGUCCAAAACACAGGGCUUCAGCCCUGACUGUAUUGUAGACGAUGCCAUCAGCACACUCGGCAAUGAGAAGUCCCAUCAGGUCCUAGCCCAGCUGCUGGACACUCUGCUCGUCAUUGGUACACAGCUACCUGAGAGUCCUGCAAUUAGACAGCGUCUGAUUGAGGUGGCCUACAAGCAUCUAUCUGACACGUAUUUUGGGGUGAGGAACAAAUGCCUGCAGCUCCUGGGAUGUCUCGGCGUUGUUGAAACUCCACUUACCAAAGACGAGGGUCCGGGCCCAUCGUUAGGAGGCUCGAGGGACGUCCAGAGUAUCAUCAGCGACUACUUUGGAGACCAGGACCCCAGAGUCCGUACUGCAGCCCUCAAAGCCAUGCUGCAGCUGCAUGAGCGAGGAAUCAAGAUUCAUGAUAUCAUCUAUGACCAGGCCUGCAGGUUGCUGACAGAUGAUUAUGAGCAGGUCCGCUCUGCAGCGGUGCAGAUGGUUUGGGUGCUCAGCCAGCUGUACCCAGAAAACAUUGUGCCCAUCCCGUCAUCCAACGAGGAGAUCCGACUCGUUGAUGAUGCUUUUGGAAAGAUCAGUCACAUGGUCAGUGAUGGCUCCUGGAUGGUCAGAGUGCAAGCAGCCAAAACCCUGGGUUCGAUGCUGCAGGUCAGCCCUCACUUUCUGGAGCAAACUCUAGACAAGAAGCUGAUGUCAGAUCUCAGGAGGAAACGUACAGCCCAUGAACGUGCAAAGGAACUUUUUACUUCUGGAGAGUUCUCCUCUGGCAGGAAGUGGGCCGAUGACGCCCCCAAGGAGAAACUGGACACGAACACUGUCAACCUCAUCGCCUCGGGGGCCUGUGGUGCAUUUGUUCACGGCCUGGAGGACGAGAUGUUUGAGGUUCGUAUCGCAGCAGUGGAGGCGUUGUGUCAGCUGGCUCAGUCAUCUCCAAGUUUUGCCGAAAAGUGUCUGGACUUUCUGGUUGACAUGUUUAAUGACGAGAUCGAGGAAGUGAGGCUGCAGUCGAUCCAUGUGCUCAGAGAAAUAUCCACCCAUAUAACCCUCAGAGAGGACCAGCUGGACACCGUACUGGCUGUGUUAGAGGAUUCAUCUCGUGACAUCAGAGAAGCUCUACAUGAAUUAAUCUGCUACACCAACGUCUCCACUAAGGAGUGCAUCCAGCUGGCUUUACUGGAGCUGCUCAAGAAUCUCAACAAAUAUCCCACCGACCGCAACUCUGUCUGGAAGUGUCUGAAGUUCCUGGGUUCACGUCACCCCACACUGGUUUUGCCAUUGGUUCCGGAACUCCUCAGCACACACCCAUAUUUUGACACACCAGAGCCGGACAUGGACGAUCCAGCUUAUAUUGCAGUGCUGGUGUUGGUGUUCAACGCUGCCAAGUCAUGUCCCACCAUGCCGGCGCUGUUCUCUGACCACACCUUCAGACACUACGCCUACCUCAGGGACAGUCUGUCACACCUUGUGCCACCACUGAGAUUGCCAGGUAGCGGUCUGGACUUGGUAGACUCACGUUGUGGCUCAGGAUCUGUGGAGUCCGCUCAGCUCUUCCUUCAACAGAGUCUAAACCGGGUCAGCAUCAUCCAGAACCUGGACGCUCCAGGAGCCCAGGACCUGCUGGACUUCACCAUACGAGACCUGCGGCGGCUCGGAGAGCUGCAGACAGAGCUGGCUGGAGCUGCUGAUUUCUGUGCUACAUACUUGCGCUGUCAGCUGCUGCUCAUGAAGGCUCUGCAGGACCGGCUGUGGAACAUGGCCGUCCCUCUCUGCCUCAAACAAAACGUCACGGCCACUGCCGCUGCUCAGCAGAUCUUAGAAGAAACCUACAAACUGGAGUUUUUGUACAGUGGUUUGGAAAGCAGACAGGUGGCAACGAUACACCAUGUUCGGUUACAGGCCAAAGCGCUGCAGCUCGUACUCACAGCUCGCAGCAGACAAGGGUUGGAUCCCCUCAUCAGCAGCUGUGAGAAGUUUUUGCAGGAUAUCGAGUCUUUCCAGAGGCUCUUUCUGACAGAGCUGCCCCACCUCCAGGACAGCUUUGUGAAUAAACUCCUGGAGUUGAUGCCCCGCCUGUCAUCCUGUAAACCAGUGGAGAUGGUGAAGAUCCUCCAGACGACCUUGAGACAGAGUGGCAUGCUGCACCUCAGACUCCCAGAACAGAUCCAUCGUGCGACGGCCACCAUCAUAGAACCAACAGGAGAGUCUGACAACCCACUGAGGUUCACAACCGGCCUGGUGGUGGCACUAGACAUUGAUGCAACCCUGGAGCAUGUCCAGGACCCCCAGAAUACAGUCAAAGUACAGGUUUUAUAUCCAGACGGCCAGAGUCAUGUCAUCCAUCCUAAACCUGGAGACUUCAGGAAACCUGGACCUGACAGACACAGGCUCAUCACACAGGUGUACCUCUCACACACCGCCUGGACAGAGCCAUCUCAAAUUGAGGUGCGCCUCCUCCUCGCCUACAGCUCCUCCUCAGCCUCCCUCUCCUCUCCUUCCUUGGCUUCUAAGCUGGGAUGGAAUGACAGCCUUGACAACAUCCCUCCACCAGAGGCCGCCGUCGAGGGAACCAUUCCAUUCAGCAAGGCCGUCAAAGUCUACAUAAUGCCCAAACCUGCCCGGCGAUAAAAGAACUCUUAAGGAAAUCAGACAAACCAUUGACUGUGAACUGAGAUUUUAUACAAGAGCUUCAUUUCCUGGUUUUUCUUCCUUUGUCCAGACCCAAAGAAGACUCAUCAUGUUAAGGUUAUAUUUAUAUAAACAUAACCUUAUAACUUUCA